AUGGCUCACGAGUCGAGCUUUUUACUCAUAGUCCACGUCUUUAUAUUAUUAUGGCACUUUGGGACAUACAAAGUUUCCGGUGAACCAAAAGUGCCAUGUUACUUCAUCUUUGGAGACUCAUUAGUCGAUAAUGGCAACAACAAUGAACUUUACUCAAAAUGGAAAGCCAAUUACCGUCCUUAUGGGGUUGAUUUUCCAAAAGGUGAUACUGGCAGGUUCUGCAACGGUCGGACAACCGCAAAUAUUAUCGGUCAAUUUCUUGGCUUCGAUGACUUUAUUCCACCUUAUGCUACUGCAACCGACGAAGAGAUCAGCACUGGUGUAAAUUAUGCUAGCGCUGGUUGUGGCAUUAGAGAGGAAACCGGAAGUCAUAAUGUAAUCACCAUUUGUGAAUGA